CGGGUGAUGGCGGCGGCACUGGGCCGCGCUGGGGGGCUGUGACCUCCGGUGGCCGCCGGAGCGGGGCGGGUGGCUCCGGUGCGCUGCCCCUAGAGAGGCUGCGGCGGUGGGGGCUGGGUUUGGCGGCACACAUGGAUGACAGUAAGGUGGUUGGAGGCAAGGUAAAGAAACCAGGCAAGCGAGGCCGUAAACCAGCCAAAAUAGAUUUGAAGGCCAAACUCGAAAGAAGUCGUCAGAGUGCAAGAGAGUGCAGAGCCAGGAAGAAGCUGAGAUACCAGUACCUGGAAGAGUUGGUUUCAAGCAGAGAGAGAGCUAUCUGUGCUCUCAGAGAAGAGCUUGAAAUGUACAAGCAGUGGUGCAUGGCCAUGGACCAAGGGAAAAUCCCCUCUGAAAUAAAAGCCCUGCUAACUGGAGAGGAGCAAGGCAAAGCACAGCAGAACUCAACCAGACUUGCCAAGGCUGUGAAGACAGAAGCAAACAGCAGCAGUCCCUAAACAAGGUGAAGACCACACAUGUAACUGUAACAAUCUUCCCUCACGGUGCAUCAUUCACAGGAGGCCAAUGCAGAACCUUCCACACUGCAGCAGAGAUAGCUUGGUAGCUAGCAGAAGAAUGCUGCUGUCAGAGAAGCGGAUGCAUCCCUGGGUGCACGGGGAAGGAUCCCAGUCUGCAGUCUUCUCUUUGCUCUUUCCCACAUGAAACUCUUUGAUUGUGGUGUUCCUAAGCCUGUAUGGAGUGGGAUUUUGGGGUAAUAGGUGUUUGUGUAAGCAGAACCUUGUUCUUCCUUCCUCUACACCACCCUCCCCAAAUACAGCUAUAGCAGCUUUUGGGCAUCCCCAGUGAGAGAAGGGAGCUGCUUUUGGGUCAGAGCUCAGAAUUAGCCUGGCCUUGUGGUCAGUUAUGUGGUUGGUAACCAUUGUGAGAGUUUGAGGGGUUCAGUAAAAUAAAAGAGGAAGAUCUUGUAACAGCUUUGCUAAAGCCAAAUGGAGUACCCUAGGUUGUGGAGAAGCAACUGGAUCAAAAGCUUUCAGUGAAAAGGUUUAUAGAAUGUAAUUUGUAACCUAGAAGAUGUUGCUUUCAGCACCCUUUUUUAGCGCAGCAUGUCUUUUAUGUUACUGGGACUCUUGUAAAGAGAGGUACUAGAUAUAUUCCCUGCUUCUCCCAUACUUCUAUUGCAGGAUGUAUUUCCCACCCCCAUGCUCCCAGUGAGAUAGUCAGAGCAUGGCUUUCCACCCUGUUUCUGGCAGUGGAACGACUGCCAUCUCCUCCCAGCCCUUGUGCCCCGCUACCUUCCUCUGUUUACCAACACCUUGAGACCCAAUACCUUUCUAGCCUGCAACUUAACAUGAAUUCUGCUCUGCUAUCCUGGUUUCCCAGCCAAAGAUAAUGCCAAGAAAUGUAGCAAGGAAAACAGGCUGCAUUAGUUUGGCUUUGUGACAAGAGAGAUGAUGGCAAAAGUCUUGCAGCCUGAUUUACUCAUCCCAGAUAUUGACAGAUUCCCUGCCACUUUCCUUAGGCCUCUCUUUCUCCCAUGUAUGCUUGUGGCAUUUAUAUGAUGUAAUGUGGAGAGUGGAACUCCUUGGAUUUUCAGUGGGGGUUUUGCCUGCUUAUUCUCUGUUUUGUUUGUGACAAUGUUUUUCUUUGUAUUUUACGAAAUGCAUGGAAUGUUUUUUAAUCAUACGUUUUCUUUUUUGUUUCAUAGAAUAAAUAUUACAGUGAAUUACUUUGCUAGA